UAAGAAUAUAAUGGUGAUAACGUUGAUGGCAACGAAGACAAUAACAAUGGUGGUGGUGACAGUGAUGACUAUGGUGAUAACGAUGGUGAUGCUGAUGAUGACAAUGAUGAUGACGACGUUGAUGAUGAUGAUGGUGGUAACGAUGAUGGUGGUGGUAUAACAAUGGUGAUGACAAAGAUGAUAAAGAUGAUGAUAAUGACGAUGAUGAUGGUGGUGAUGACGAUGAUGUGCCUGCAGGUGAUGAAGGCCGAGCAGGACAAAGGCAGGAGCGAGCUGGUGCACAAGCAGACUGCGGAGCGCUACAGUGUGACCAUGGUGCACAUGAAUCAGCUGGAGCGGAAGCUGAAGCGUACCAUCAAAAAGUCCAGACCGUACUACGAGCUGAAGGCCAAGUACUACCUCGAGCUGGAGCACCAGAAGCAGCGUGUGGAGGGCCUGCAGGAGGCCGUGACCGCCACCAAGGGGCAGUACCGUGCGGCGCUCGACAGCCUCGAGCGAAUCUCUGACGAGAUCCACGCGCGGCGCAAGGCGAGCGCCGUUGAGGAGCCCCGGGGUCGUGGGGUCGGCGCAGAGACCACCGGCGCCUUCAGCAUGGAGCUGGGGUUUUUCUCCAUGGACGGCGACAGCUUCUCCGUGGCGUCGGACGCGUGCGAGUCGGAUGCCUGCAGCCUCAUGGCAUCCAAGGACGACAACUAUUUGGAGUCGUGCAGCCCAUGCGCCGGUGGCGCUGUGCCGCCCGCUCCUCUGCCCACGCGCCCGCCCGCCCUGCAGCUCGCGGCUUCCGAACCCGGCUCCGGCUCCAGGUCCGGGUCCAGCUCCGGCUCCGGAUCCAGAUCCAGCUCCGGGUCGGGCGCUGACCCUGACAGUGGCUUCUUCAGCCCCGUGCAGGACGAGCGGCUGGGUCCUCGCAGUGACUGCAGCGGAGCGUCAUCCCCCGAGUGCGAAGGCCUGCCGCCCUUAACAGGUGCGGGUUCAUCCCUCCCACCGAGCGAGGCAGAGGCCGAACCCGCAGAGAAAACUCGAGCGGCAGAGACGGGAAGGGAGGGGUUCUGCGUCGACAGCGUGACGCCCAGAGGAGAGGAGGAAGAGGAGGAUGGCAGCGAUGCAGCGGCAAGCGGGGCGUCGGGGACGCACACCGCCAUCGCCGACGGCGGUGUCGGGGGUGGGGAGAGAGAGCGAGAUAUGCGAGCAGCGGAGAGGAGAGAGCAGGAGGAGGAGGAGGACGGCGCAGACAGCGGAGAGGCCACGGCGAAGGAGAGUGGCGAUGGACAGGUGGCAGAGGGUGAAGGGCGGAGCGUCUCCGGUACCGAUGGCGGCGCAGCCAUGCACGAAGCAUCUCCCGAGGAAGAGCCGGCGGCCGCGUGGGCAGUCAGAGCGGAAGAUUUGAGCGUCGGUGGAGUCAAGCUUGAGCAGAAGGAUGAGGAGGUGGAGGACGAGGGGGUGGAGGUCGAGAAAGUGGAGGUCGAGGAGGUGGAGGAGGACGAGGAGGUGGACCUGCAGGGCGAUAUUGGAGACCGUGGCGGGGAAGGUGUGGCUGGCGCGGGCUUCACAGCAGGCGCCCUGGGAGCGAGCGUGAGGGACGUGGCACUGUAAUCAAACCCCACGCGGCGCGUGUUGUCCCUGACGGCCGCUCGACAAGGAAUCAAAAACGUCCAUUUGUACGGAGCCGUAGGUUUCGAGGAGGGCCAGGGUGGGGGUUGGCGUCGCGACGCUUUUGUAAUUGUCCCGACGAGCGACUCGCCGAGUGAGGUGUGAACGCAGCGAUUCGCUGUUGCGUUUUAGAAACGAGAACUAUGUUGUUUGCCGACUUCAUGCCGAUGGGGAUGUUCCUUUGUUGCCUCUUUCUCUUGAUAGUUUGCAUCGUUAUUUCGCGAUAAUGUGGAGUUCAUGUGCAGUACCCUUAAAUCGCGUUCAAAGACGUUCGCGCUAUCAAUUACGCCAUCAUCGUCGUAAUCAGCGGUGUAUUAAUGACUUUGAAGCAAAAAUUGUGGCCAUUUGUUCGUGCGUAGUUUUGAUUAGAUGGCUUUUGAAACCAAAACUUUUGUAGUCAAUGGGAUAGAGACACGAACAAGAAAAAUAUAUUUUUCGUCACGGCACUUCUCAUGACUUUUUAGAAAAGCACACGAUCGUCCUGCACCUCUGAUUAGCGCGGUUGGCUACAUACGGUGCGAAAGACGUUCAACAUA